AAAGCAAUUAAUUAAGCAACAAUCAACUUCGUUCUUAACGAAACUGACAACCAUGAAAAACAACAUCUUUGACUAGAUCCUAAUCUACACAAACUAUUUUUCAAUAUGGCUUUUGUUAUAUAGAUCUAGUUCUUUUUUGUUUAAAAUAAUGUGAUUCAGAAGCAAUGCCGGAAUCAUCUUCAUAUUUAUACAAAAGUUCAAGAUUCUUUAGUAUGUAAAAUCUAUAAAAACAAACUGAUUGCAGAUCUUUUUAACCUUUAACAUUGCUCUCGUUUCUACUGGACUAGAAAGUUUAAUGAUUGAACUCUAUACUACACUAGAGUGACUUGAUUGAAGCUAGACAAGAGUCAUAACAUUAUUUUUUGUUCAAGUUUGAUCCUGUUCCAUUUUCAAAAUUCCAACUUCUUCAAUUCAAAUAAUGAGAAGCAGGAGUAAUUCUGGCCUUCGGCUGGAUUAUUAUCAACGAUUGGUCAACAGAUGCAUUUUAAGAUAUCAGAAUGUCAGUACUGGAUUGAUAGCGUGCCCAGACUCCUAUGAUGCUUUUUUCAUCCUGCAUAAAUCAAUAAAUGUCCCAAGUGGGAAAAGUGUGCUAAAAAAAACAAAGGAUAUCUUGAAACGCAAAAAAGGCAAACUAAUUCCUUUGCCUUUUGAAGUUAUAGAUGAGCAUCAUGAUGUUGAGAAUCCAGCCAGUGGAUUAAUAGCUGGCAAUGAAAAAAAUCACUCAUGGGUGAGAGAUAAUGUCUACUGUAUUAUGGCUGUGUGGGGUCUGGCUCUGGCCUAUAGAAAGACUGUUGACCUGGAUGAAGAUAGAGCCAAGGCUUAUGAAUUGGAAAAGGCAGUAGUGGAAGCAAUGAGGGGACUGUUGCGGGCCAUGCUGAUGCAGAGUGAGAAGGUGGAAAGUUUCAAGCGAACUCAGAGCCCCAGAGAUGCUCUGCAUGCCAAAUACAGUAGCAUCACUGGCAAGACGGUUGUGGGAGACUAUGAGUGGGGUCAUCUUCAGAUUGAUGCUACAUCUCUGUAUCUCUUGGCUUUGGCUCAGAUGACAGCCUCAGGUCUGGUCAUUGUUUUCACCCUUGAUGAAGUGGCCUUUGUUCAGAACCUUGUCUUCUAUAUUGAGGCUGCCUACAGGACACCAGAUUAUGGUAUCUGGGAAAGAGGUGACAAAACAAACCAUGGAUUACCUGAACUGAAUGCCAGUUCGAUAGGAAUGGCAAAAGCUGCUUUGGAAGCAAUAAAUGAGCUUGAUUUGUUUGGUUCACGUGGAGGCCCUGCUUCUGUUAUUCACGUGCUUCCUGAUGAGGCUCAGCAGUGUCAAGCCAUUCUUCAAUCCAUGCUGCCCAGGGAAUCUAUUUCUAAGGAAGUAGAUGCAGCACUUUUGACUGUGAUAAGUUUCCCAGCCUUUGCUGUGGAUGACCCAGAGCUGAUUGCUUUGACACACAAAACUAUAAAAGAAAAGUUAGAGGGACCCUAUGGGUGUUGUAGAUUUCUAAGAGAUGGUUAUAAAACUGCUAAAGAGGAUGCUAGACGUUUACAUUAUGAGCCUUGGGAGUUGAUGGUGUUUGAGAAAAUUGAAUGCCAGUGGCCACUUUUCUUUGCAUAUUUAGUUUUGGAUGGUUUGUUUAAUAAUAACCAAGAUCAGGUUGCAGAAUACCAGAAAAAAUUAGAUAAUGUUCUUCUAAAGACAGAGGAUGGAAUACCUUAUGUCCCAGAAUUGUAUGCAGUGCCAAGAGACUCUGUUGAGAAAGAAUAUGAAAAUCCUAACAGUCAAGCUCGUACACCUGCUGGUAAAAUGCCACAUAUGUGGGGACAGUCAAUGUACAUACUAGGUCGGCUUAUGAUAGAGGGCUUUCUUUCACCUGGUGAACUAGAUCCACUGAACAGGAGACAUGUGACUGAAACCAAGCCUGAUGUUGUUGUACAGGUUGUGCUGCUUGCAGAAGACAGCAUGAUACAAGACAAAAUGGCUCUUCAUGGUAUUGAGCUUCAGACUGUGGCAGAAGUUGCUCCUAUACAAAUCCACCCAGCCAGAAUUUUGUCCAAAAUUUAUUCUCUUCUCGGUAAGAAUAAAAGAUUGGGUUUGACAGGCCGAGCAUCCUCAAGUGAAAUCGGACUCUUGGCUACAAGCAAGCUAUACAUGCUCCAUGAUAAGAUCCUAGCCUUCGUGCCACAGCUGGUGGACCAGCGCCAGUUUUACUUGGGCCUCGACAUGGAGUAUCUUGUGGAUGACUUCAAAACAAAGAUAGACUUACUUAGCAAGAGCUGGAAAGGACUGGGUCGCCCUCUCAUGGUCUAUAAUCUCACUCGCAGUGCACUAGACAACUACCAGCAUCCUCCCAAUGCACUGUUGGCUACCAUAAAGAAACUGCAGAGUGGCUAUAUCAGUGGUACAAGAGUUCAUCUUGGCAAGUUGUCAGAUUUCCUUCAUACUUCCUGCAUUACAAAGCUCAGCUUCCUCAGAGAUGUAGAUGACUAUUCUGGCAAACCAGACAAGAAUAUGAUGGAUCUUCUCAUGGGGCAGUCUACUAUUUCCAGACAGAGGCUUCUCAGUGAAAGUCAUGUUAAAGGAAAACGCAGGCCCUCUUUCAGAAGCGCAGUCUUGAGUGUUCAUGGUAUUGUCAGGCGAUCGCGUUCAAUACAAAUUGAUCCAGAUGAAAUUCCAGACUUACAAACUGCAAUUGGUCUUGGCAGAAAGAUGUCAGUGGAUUAUGAUGAGACCCUGAAUGACAAAAAUGAGCGUGAUAAUGAAGGUGACUGUGAAAGUAAGCCUAUGUGUGUAACAUCUUCACCAUCCAACUCAGAUAUUGUUGCAUUGAAUGAUUCUGUUGUCCAGCCAUUGCCUCAUCAUCUGAGGGAUGAAUCAGACUCUUUGUCAGUUCAGCCUAGUCCACACACUUCUCCAAAGUCUGCCAGGAAGAACCUGAAGUCUGUGACAGAGAGUGAGGACACAGACAUCACAGAGCUGAUUGAACAGCUGAAACAGACAGCCAACCUUCAGGAGCAGGCAGACAUAAUCCACUAUCUUUUUAUGACAAGAGGUCCUGAGUUUGAUACUCACAUUGAAGAAAACAGAAAAGUUCCAGUGAAAGAGUUGCUGGUGGAGCUUUAUGAAAAGGCAGGUCAUUGGAAACAAUGGUGGCUAGUCAGACACACAGCUGGCAUGUUGAGGAAAAGAGUUGAAGACUUGGCAUUGGCUGCCACAGAUUUGUUGGUAAGACAGAAACAGUUAUCUGUAGGCUUGCCGCCUGAUCAUGAAACUACUAUCACAAGUCCAUUACCACCAGAUGAGUUGGCUGCCAUCAUUUAUGAGGCUUGUGGUGAGGAUCAUAGUACAGCUUCCCUCACUCAAGAAAUUCUAGUCUACCUUGCCAUGUUCAUAAGGACAGAGCCUCAGUUAUUUGAUGAAAUGCUCAGGUUGAGAGUUGGGCUUAUUAUACAGGUCAUGGCUUCAGAACUUUCUAGAACAUUGCAGUGUUCUGGGGAAGAAGCUUCAGAUCAUCUUUUGAAUCUUAGUCCAUUUGAGAUGAAAACGUUGUUGCAUCACAUUCUUAGUGGCAAGGAGUUUGUCAUCAACAGUGUUAUAGAUAGGUCAAUGACAGCAGGUAUUAGUGAUACCAUGCUGGGUGAAAAAAUCCUGGAUUUGAAAUCUAGAAGCAAAAGUACAUUAGUAAGUGAGCUACGUCAAAGCUCUUUUGUCACUAAUCCAUUGGCUGCAAUCUUCAACAAACUGAUUUCAUUUAGGCAACUGAUAAUCUCGGACUUGCCUGUCAUAAAUACCCAUUUGGUGAUCUCACAAGAACAGCAGAAUCAAGAAGAAAUUGCUGAUCGUCAAGGACAGUGGCUGCGUAGACGCCGUCUGGAUGGCUCACUUAACCGAGUACCACUUGGGUUUUACCCUCACCUCUGGGAACUUCUAACGAGGUGCCGAGGUUUGUUGAUCAAAGGUAAUGCUUUACCAAGUACCCUGACAAGAGAAAUGACCAAAGGUGAAUUCAAAUUUGCUCUUCAAGUGGAGAUGGUGUUAAAUCGAAUUCCUCAACCUGAAUAUCGCCAGCUGAUGGUGGAAGCCAUGAUGGUGCUAACAAUGCUUGUGGAGUAUGAUAAUAAACGGGUUAACCUAAGUUCUCUGGAAAUAGAAGUGGAUAAAAUAGUACAUGAGGCUAACAAUCUUUUUAUCAAAGAUCUGAAAAUGACACCAGAAGUAAUUGACAAAGCAAUGGGCGCUGCCAAUAUAUCUUUAUAUUUUUAUGACAGUGCUCCAAGUGGACGGUUUGGUUCAAUGGCAUAUAUGUGUCGCGCAUUGGUGAAUAUCAUUAAUCUGCCAGUUGGCACAGACAAUGCAGUAGAGUGUACAAUCUCAUAAAAAAAAUGAGAAAAAAUACUCCAUUUGUGAUUUAUUUUAAUGAGGUCUUUUUUUUUUCUCUUUUUUUUUCCUUGUGUGUUAAUUUUCCCCCCAAAUUUGUGGCCCAUGGUAUCAGAAUGUUUCCAUUGGUUAUACCCCUUUGAUGUUGAUCAAAACUUUUCCAGUUUGUGUAUGAGCAUUCAUUGUAAGUGUGUGCUGAUUGAAGACAAAUAAUUUGCAGAUUUUUUAUCCCCUAAAGCAAAUGCUUUUGUAAUUGCAACGAAACGCUUUUUGCACAUCACCAUGUUUGCACUGGUAGUAAAACCUGAGACUCCUAUGAAUUUCAGUUUUUGAUAUAAAACUUCAUGAUCAUUUCACUCAUUAAUUGUGAAGGCACUUUUUUGAGUCAUUCAUUCCUUAGCCCAUUAACUGAACCUUAUUUUUGAGAUGUUUGUAUUUAUUUAUAUCACUGUUGUUGUUGUUUUUGUUUUGUUUUUUUACCAACUUGUUGAACUCAAGAACCUUUUUUUUUUUAAGUCUAAAAUCCUUGUUCUGCCAGACACAUUGAACUUUCGUGUUUAUUCUAGAUUAACAGUGCUCAUGUGAAAAAUUUUAAAAAUUACAAGUGACAUAUGGCAAAAUUAUAGUGAUAGCAACCCAUAUCAGCUUGUUUUAAUUACAGUUUUUACAUAAAUAUCAUAUAAAAAUUCCUUCCAAAUGUUUUUCAUUUUCAGGAUUUAAGGUCUACUUUUUUUAUCUUCUUUUUUGAAGGAAUAACUUAUUUAUAAGAUAAAGAUGCAGAGAACGUUAAAUUUUUUAAAAUCCAAAGUUAACACACUUUAAGCUUUUAUAAUACAAUUUUAUUAUUUAGAUGUAAGUGUAGCUUACAGUAAUAACAUUAGGAUAAUAUGUAAUUAAAAUAUAAAAAUGUUUUGUGUCUAUUAUAAUCAUUUGAAAAAUGUAAAUCCGAAUAUAAAAUCGUAUAAUUUUCUAUAAAAUUUUGCCAAUUAGUUAAAUAAAUUCAUAUUCAUUAAUAUGAAUAACAAUAGUACCAGAUUAGAUUUCCAUUUUCAAAAUCUGUAUUUAACGUAUAUUUUUGUCUAAGAUAUAUUUUAUUAAGAUCAGAUUAAAAGAUUAACAUAUUCUUCAAUCCUAUUCAAUUAAAAGUAUUAGAAAGUACCUUUAAAUAAUGCUUUCACCAAUCUGUGAGUCUAUGUCACCAAUCCCCAAGUGCAAAUAGUCCUUUCAUUUCAUGUGUCAUCCUGAAUGCCAUUGCUUCCAAUAUUUAUAAUACAAUAGACAAACGACAAAGAACUACAAGAUGUAAUUGUUUGCAACUGAGAAUUUUAUUUUUAACUUCUGGUGGAAAUUUCAGGUUAAAUGUUCAACUUUUUCCAAUGCCGUGAACGCUCUGUGAUGAUUUGUUUGUAAAGAAUACACUUUUUUAUAUAAGUGGUCACACACACAAAAAAUAAAUAUAUCAGCGUUAAAAGUCAAACAUUUAGCUAAAUUUAAGUGACAGGCCUUGUGUAUUUUAAUAAGUUAUUAUACUUAAGGUUUUAUUUCAACUUUUGUAAAUAUUGUAUUGAAAAAUUAUUUUCAAUAACAACAAGAGAAAAUGUCUAUUUUUUUUCAAAUGGAGUUGCAUCAAAUGUAUAAAAUAUAAAAUAAUUUCAACCUGACAUCAGAUGUCCUGUCAGUAUGUUUGAGCAGAUGAAUGUUAUUGUUGGAUUUUUUUAUAUAAUUAAAAUGAACAUGAAAAAGUUUUGUCUGAAUGAUGUAUAUAAAUUUGCAACAAUUAGUUGCAGUGUGUCAGCUAAUGAUUAAUGUUGAUGUGAUUUGCACAUGACUUGGUCAUGAAAGCCAUGUAUACAGGGCCAGAUUUUAAAAUGUGGAGGCCCCGGGGCAGGAUUUAUGUGGAGGCCCCUACAAGUUUUUUAAAGCUUUAAUAAAGAUCCACUUGUGAGUGAUUAUAUUUAAAAGCAUGCUAUAUUUUAGAAGAAAGAAAUUGAGUUCCUAUAAAUUUAAUCUCACUUUCCUUUUAAAAAAAUAUUUAAAAAGCAUAUAUUAGUUUUAAAAAGUUAUAUUUUUUAGUUUCUGGGAUAAGGCCCUUGGUAGACGCACUGUCGUAAAUCUUGUACUGUAUUUAAUUAUUCCAAGCAUGCUGCAAUCAUAAUCAUAUACACUUUUAAUCAAGACAUUUUUACUAGCUGUAAAAAUGAGGAAAAAAAUGUUCGGGAAAAAAAAAAGUUUCUGACCGUCAAAAUUCAGAUAUAUUUCUCUUUUGUGGUGUAACCAUGCCUGCCCUCCCUUAAAUCCGGCCCUGCAUGUAUACAUAUUGAGGGCUAAAUCCUUAGGAUCAAAAGACUUGAAAUUUUGUUUUCUUUAAACUUUUAUAUUUAACAAUAUUUGAGGAUUUUUUUUUGAAAUGCUAUUUCUGAGAUGUGAAUACUUCAUUUCUAUCAUAGCCAUUUCUGUUUGACAAAAUUACAAUUUGUGUUGUAGGAGACUUAUUUCUGUUCCCAAAUAAAGAUCUUUUUUUAUUUGAA